AUGAUCUUUCAACUACUGCCAUACAUUCAUGAAUAUUAUUCUGGAAACGAAUCCAUGGUAUUAGUCAUUGCCCCAUUAAACGCACUAAUUGAUGAUCAGAUAAAAAGUCUCACGAAAAAAGGAGUAAAUGCUGGUGUUCUGAGAACAAAGAAAGAAAAUCCAAAGAAUAAAUCAGAAAAGGAAGAUGAAAAAAGUUGUACUGAUGAAUUCGAAUUUGACAGCGACAUGGAAUACACUAAACAAUUUGAAGACAUUGAUGACGGCGAACUAUCACUUAUCGAAAGUGGGAACUUCAGACUUCUUUUUCUGCCCCCAGAGGGGUUUAUAUCAUGCAAGAAAGGCCGCAAUAUCCUAAUGAGUGUGAUAUAUCAGAAAAAAGUGGCAUAUUGUGUUAUUGAUGAAGCUCAUCUCGUGCAAGAAUGGAGAGAGGAAUUUCGGACUGACUUUAGAAAACUUUCGCAACUUAGAGCAAUAUUCCCAUCAACGCCCAUGUUGGCAUUGACUGCAUCCGCGCCUCCAAAGUAUUUUACACAUUUAACGGACUAUCUCUUGCUUCAGAAUCCGUGCAGAGUUGUCGGAAACUUAGACAGACCAAAUAUCUAUAUUGCGAUUCAUAAACGUAAACCUUCUUCGAUUGGUUCAGAAAGUUAUGCAAGCAUUCUUCGCCCAAUCGCCAAUGAGCUAAAGGAACAACUGACACGCUACCAACUCACAAUUAUAUACUUGCCGCUGAAAUGGUGUGGCUACGCAUUCAAACUUUUCGAACAAAUCCUUCAAGAAAAGGUUUAUUAUCCAGAAGAUAACAUAGAUCCAUCUCAUCGUCUGUUCGCUCAGUUUCAUGCCGCUCAAACAGAAAUGAUGAAAAAUGAGAUCAUGAAUCAGCUAACCGGAACCAAAAGCACAAUUCGAGUAUUAUUUGCAACGGUUGCAAUUGGACUUGGUGUCAAUAUACCGAACAUCGGACAGAUCAUUCAUAUAGGGCCCCCUAGAACAAUAGAAUCCUAUUACCAGGAGAUUGAAAGGGCAGGGCGCGACGGAAAACCUGCUAAACCAUUGCUGUACUACAAUGGCUCAGACAUUUCCGCUAAUAAGCCCGGGAUGACAUGGGAGAUGCGUGCAUUUUGUUUAACUGUUACGACGUGUCUGCGUAAUUAUAUGUUGGAAUACUUGGGAUCCUGUAAGGCACAAAAUUACACCCCUCACUUGUGUUGUAGUAAUUGUUCUAGUGGAUGUACGUGCAAACAUUGUAGCAUAAAUGAUGAAAUAAAACCGCAGUCAUCUCCAGAGGCAAAAUCGUCACCUGAAAUCCCCCAACCAAUACCUGUAAGAGAAGUGUCAGCAGAACAGCGCAAAAUAAUUUUAAAUUCAUUGAAGAAAUAUAGGCUUGAGAUUGGUGCUAAAAAUCUCAGAUUUGGAG